GCUUAAUAUAGGUGAGUCUGUAAUUGGUUGUAGGCAGGGUCUAAACCGCGUUCUGAAGCGGUCCCUGCCCCUGAUGACAGACACGUCGAAAUGAAGGGCAAUUGUUUCGUCGGGUUUACCUGCUCCUUAAUCCGUCUUUUCUCUUCCUUUUCCCGCUCCUCUCUCCCGCAUCUGCUACCCUCUCCCGUCUUUUCCUCUUCUCCCCCCUUAUUUCUGAGAACCCGAUAAGAUCCUUUGCAUCCGUGCCCUCCAACGCCUCCACCGCUCCAGGUUGACCUGACCCCGAGAAUCCGCCCCGGAAAUCCGAUGUCUUCGCAUCUGACGGCUUCUGCGAGCUUCCCUCAUUGAUCGCUUAAUCGUUUGGCUCGAGAUGGACCUCCACGAGGCCCAAGUCUAUCUGCAGGCUUCGUUACAUGAAAUAUUCCACACCUUUCAGAAGGUCCCCGGAAGUGCCGUCUUGAUACGCUAUAUACAGUCGAGCUACCAGAAUGACCCCAUCCGAUCUGCUAUAGAGCUUAUCCUCGUCAUCUUCUUCGUCCGCUACCUGCUGUCGCCAUCUUAUCCCACCCACGGCCCCAACUACGUGAAGCUCCGCGAAGACGAGAUCGACGAACUCGUUAGGGAAUGGGAGCCCGAGCCCCUGGUCCCUCCUCAGACCGCCCUCGAGGAAGCCGAAGCCGAGAGGCAGCCUGUUAUUGUCGGACCGACUGGUCCGAAGGUGAAGCUCUCCAAUGGCAAGACGGUUAUAAACUUAGCCUCGUACAAUUUCUACAACUUGAACGCCAGCGAAUCGAUCAAGGACAAGGCCAUUCAGACCCUGCGCACCUACGGAGUCGGCCCCUGCGGCCCGCCGCAGUUUUACGGCACCCAGGACGUCCAUAUGAAGACGGAACACGACAUCGCUACUUUCCUAGGUACCCAGAGCAGCAUCGUCUACUCCCACGCCUUCUCUACUAUUUCCAGCGUUAUUCCUACCUUCUGCAAGAGAGGCGACGUUAUCGUCGCCGACAGGAUGGUCAACUACUCAAUCCGAAAGGGACUAGAGGCUUCUCGAAGCAACAUCCGCUGGUACGAACACAACGACAUGGAGGAUCUGGAACGUGUCAUGAAGAAGGUAGCCGAGGAGCAGGCGAAGAAGAAGAUUCUAACUAGGCGGUUCAUCGUGACGGAAGGCCUGUUCGAAAUGGUUGGCGACUGCUCCGACCUCCCUAAGCUUGUUGAGUUGAAGGAGAAAUACAAGUUCCGCAUCGCCCUUGACGAGACAUGGUCCUUUGGCGUGCUCGGCCGCAACGGCCGAGGGCUCACCGAGGCGCAGAACGUCGACUCGGAGGCGGUGGACAUGAUUAUCGGGUCUCUGGCCGGGCCUCUCUGUGCUGCUGGUGGCUUCUGUGCCGGCUCGAAGGAUGUCGUGCGGCAUCAACGUAUCAAUGCGGCAUCGUACACCUAUUCGGCCGCCCUACCAGCUAUGGCUGCUGUUACGGCUAGCGAGACGUUGAAUGUCCUGCAAUGUAACCCCGAUAUUCUGCUCCAAUGCCGUGAGAACAUCCGAGCGAUGAGGGCGCAACUCGACCCACGGAGCGACUGGGUCCAGUGCACAAGCGACCCGGAGAACCCCGUCAUGCUACUGGCCUUUAAGCCCGAGGUGGUGCAAUCGAGGCGGCUGAGCAGUGACGAGCAGGAGCGACUCUUGCUGGAUAUCGCGGACGAGGCGCUCGCCAACGGAGUGCUCGUUACUCGGCUGAAGAGCGUGCCCUUGUUGGGUAGUAUCGGCACCAAGGAAAUCAACAUCCGGCCGGCGCUCAAGGUGUGCAUCACGUCGGGGUUGUCCAAAAAGGAAAUCGAGAAGGCCGGAGUCACGAUCCGUCAUGCUAUCACCAAGAUCAUGACCCGAAAGCCUACUAGACAAUCGACAAUGGCCGCUUAGGGGGCUUCCACCGCUCCGUCUGCGCACGCACGUUACCUGCUUAACGUCAUAUCACGAUGAGUUUGAUAUACGAUACAAGACGUAUGACUCGAGUGGGGAGAUAUUUGUAUUGUGCGACGGUCGUAUUGGAACGACAACCAGCGGUAACUCGGGGUAUACCGAUAUUGUACAUCAGGGCUCGUGCCUAUCAAGGUCCUCAUGAUCUAUGCGGUGGGAGAGAUGGGAGAAAAGACCGGCGAUACGUGACAAUGAAAACUGGAGAUGGUUUAUAUAGACAUACAAACGACACUACUAAUUGCUAAUUCAUCCCAAAUUUGCUCUCCGUCGCUCGUGCUCGGGGGAAACAAA